UUUUAAAUCUGGUGCGAGAUUUAUUUUUACAACUUUAAAUAUUUUGUUCAUGGCGAUCUUUAAAAAGAACCCUGAAAUCAGAACUGGGCCUUAUUAGCAUUUGUUUAAAAAAUAUAACCACGAUUUUAAAGCAAUAUUUUAAGUUUUAAAUUUCUUUUGUUAGUUUGGACCAGAGCUUUAAGUAGCAGAGCUGUUUGGAACGAUCUGUGUUCUUUAAAUAGAAUUGAAGAGCAGGGUCGCUAUCCACCCCGCGCGAUGUCCGACAGCCUCAAGCCCCGCCUGGUGUCUCUCUGCCAUCGGAAAGUGCCUCUCACCCCCUUCGGGUGCCUGUGGAUCCCGUGUAGCAACCGAUUCGUCUGCCUGGGGACAGGCCCCGGGGCACCAAGUAGGGGUAUCAUCGGGGUGUACGGGACAACGAGCGGGGAGAUCAGAGACGUGCACAUGAUCGAAAAGCCCAGAGCCUUCAGGUGCGGCACGUUUGGAGCUACCAGUAUGCAACAGAGGCACCUGGCAACAGGAGACUUUGAAGGCAAUCUUCACAUCUGGAACCUGGAGGCAUCUGAAGCUCCACUCUAUACAGCCAAAGCACAUCGAGAAAUCAUUAACUGCAUCGAUGGUGUAGGUGGGCUUGGAAUCGGACAGGGGGCCCCAGAGAUAGUCACGGGCAGCAGGGAUGGUACAGUCAAGGUCUGGGAUUCACGACAAAAGGACCUUCCUGUGGCCAAUAUGGAGCCUGCAGCUGGAUUUAACAGGAGAGACUGUUGGACAGUUGCUUUUGGCCACGCAUGUACCCAGUGGGACCGCUGUGUUUGCGCCGGAUAUGACAAUGGGGAUAUUAAACUAUUUGAUUUGCGAAACAUGGAAGUGCGAUGGGAGACAAAUGUCAAGAGCGGGGUUUGCUGUGUGGAGUUUGAUGGAAAGCUUACAAGUUUGAAUAAACUGGUGGCAACAACGUUGGAAGGAAGGGUCCAUGUCUUCAAUAUGCAGAAGUACCACAUGGAUAAUGGCUUUACCUCUCGGAGUGAGAAGCCGUACAAAUUUACAGCUUGGACGGUGCGACAUUUGCCUCAGAAUCAAAAUAUCUUCAUAACAAGUGGAGGAGCUGGCUGUCUGCAUCUGUGGAAACAUAUUGAAUCUUCGAUGCCGCACAAAAAGACUAACCACGAGCGAGAGGACAAGGAUUCAACAAGUGCCACCACGCUUUUGAACACCAUCUCACUCUCAUCUCAACCCAUUGGUAGCUUAGAUUGGAAUACAGAUAAGCAAGGCCUCUGUAUCUCUGCUUCCUUUGAUCGCAGCGUUCACAUCCUCAUCAUCACAGAGCAACAGAGUUUCUAAACACGGCAGCAAGGAGCACAGGAUGUGAGGAGGCAGCUAGAGUGAUCGUCAUGACUUGAAAUUUCUCAACAAUCUGUGGACGCUUCAAGAGUUUUAUCAGGGAAAAACCACUCAGAAUGUGGCAAUGUAGCAGAUGAUGUAUUUUGUUAAUAAGGAUUUAUACUGAAGCAAAAUGUUGAGUUGCUCAUCUCAUUGUUAUACCAGCCCCUUGGUAAAAUAAACAAUACUGUGAAGAAGUGUAUGUAGUGGAUUUAGCAGCAAAUGCAAAAUCACACCCAAUCAAGCAGGGUGUGGCAAUAGAACAAGGAAAGAUUGUCAAUCAGGCACAGAAUAUUUCAAGUACCGCACUAACAAUUAUAAACACUAAAUAACUAAAUGGAGAAACGAAUACCUCAUAAUAAUUACAAAGGUAUUCAGCUGGUGUCAAUUGAAAAGAGCAAAAGUAAAGUAAUUUAUAAUUAUCAAAAGCCAAUACCUUGAAAUUGCAACAAGGAUGAAACUCUUUCAAUCAGUUUUGCAGGUAUAUUCAGAGAAUUUUGGUUGCAGUCUUCAAAACGUGGUCCUGAAAAUACUCCAGGUUAUUUAAUUGUUUUGGAUCUGUUCUUUUGUCAUAAAAUCUUAUAGCGCAGAAGGAGGCCAUUCAGUCCAUGUGCCUGUUCUGGCUCUUUAAAGG